CAUAUUUAGCCUCCCCCCCAUUUCCCAUAACCUGAUAACCCCUCAAAUCCUUCCCAAAUUCAAGCCCAUCAACCCCUCCUCUCUUCCCUCUUCCCUCUCCCCUCUCAACUUCCUUGCUUUCCAGAAAAUUCUCUCUUACUGAAGAAACUUGGGUUUUUGAUUGUGUUUUUUUUUCCUUUUACUGAAGAAACUUGUUAGACAUGGCGGAGGAAACAAAGACUACAGCAGCAGAGGCACCAGCGGAGGUGGUGGUAUCCGAUGUUCAGGCUGUUGUUGAGAAGGAAUCAAUGGUGGGCCCACAACCGGAGCCUGAUCCGGUUCCAAAGUCGGAGGCGGCAAUGGAGAAGCCGGCGGAAGAGGCUGCCGUGGAGACCCUCGAGGCUGAGGCUGAGAAGGCUGAGGAGAAGAUUGCUGAAUCUGCUUCAUUUAAGGAAGAAACCAACGUUGUUGAAGAAUUACCUGACCCGCAGAAGAAGGCUAUUGAUGAGUUCAAAAAGUUGAUUCGGGAGGCGCUCGACAAGCAUGAAUUCACUGCCCCGCCUCCGCCGCCUCCUGCUGCUCCGGCUAAGGAGGAGGAGAAGAAGCCAGAACCGGAGGAGGAGAAGAAGCCAGAACCGGAGGCGGAAGCCGCGGCGUCGGCGGCUGCCACCGAGGAGGUAAAACCGACUGAAGAGGUGGAGAAGAAGGAAGGUGUUGAAGAAACGAAAACUGAAGAGAAGAAGGAAGCUGAAGCCGAGGCGCCUGCUGCUCAAGUCACUCCACCUGUAUCGGAGGAACCACCAAAGCCUGAGGCCGAGCCCGUUGUUGAAGAAAAGAAGGAAGUCAUCACACCACCAUCAGCAGCGCCACAGCCUGCCCCUGUUGUGGCUGCGAAGGUGGAGGAAAAGGCUGAGACUGAAGAAAUCAAGGAAACCAUAGUUGAAGAAACCACCCCGCCUGCUGCCCCCGCUCCUGAGGCAGCUGCUCAGGUGGAGGAGCAGCCAAAGGAGGAACCAAAAGAGGAAGUCGUGGAGGAACCAAAGGGCCCGGAGGAAGUAUCCAUAUGGGGAAUUCCUCUCUUGGCCGAUGAGAGAAGUGACGUGAUCCUUCUCAAGUUCCUCAGGGCAAGAGACUUCAAGGUCAAGGAUGCUUUUUCCAUGCUCAAAAGCGUUGUCGCCUGGCGAAAAGAAUUUGGAAUUGAGGGACUGUUGGAGGAAGAAGGUGUUGGGAGUGGACUGGAAAAGGUUGUUUACAUGCAUGGAGUGGAUAAAGAAGGACACCCCGUUUGUUACAACGCUUUUGGCGAAUUUCAGGAUAAGGAAUUGUAUCAGAACGCUUUUGCUGAUGCUGACAAGCGUUCUAAGUUCCUGAGGUGGCGAAUUCAGUUCUUGGAGAAGAGUAUCAGGAAGCUGGACUUCCAUCCUGAUGGGAUCAACACAAUCGUUCAAGUCAAUGAUCUCAAGAAUUCCCCUGGACUCUUCCUCUUCAAGAAGGAGUUGAGACAGGCCACCAAUCAAGCCCUCCAAUUGUUGCAGGACAAUUAUCCUGAAUUUGUUGCCAAACAGGUGUUCAUCAAUGUUCCAUGGUGGUACGUGGCCUACAAUAGGAUGAUCAGUCCAUUCUUGACCACAAGGACCAAGAGCAAGUUUGUAUUUGCCGGUCCUUCCAAAACUGCUGAGACCCUAUUCAAGUACAUAGCACCUGAACAAGUACCUGUACAGUAUGGUGGUCUUAGCAGAGGAGGCGAACAAGAAUUUACUAUUGCUGAAGCUGCAACAGAGGAAAUUAUCAAGCCAUCAUCUAAGCAAACCGUUGAAUUCCCAGCUACUGAGGCUGGCCGCACUCUUGUGUGGGAGGUAAGAGUAGUAGGAUGGGAAGUAACUCAUGGAGCUGAAUUUGUACCGAGUGCUGAGGGUGGCUACACUGUGAUUGUACAGAAGUCAAGAAAGUCUGGACCAACAGAUGAACCAGUGAUCAGUGGAAGCUAUAAAAUUGGGGAACCAGGCAAGAUUGUGCUUACAUUUGAUAAUCAAACUUCCAGGAAGAAGAAGCUUCUCUAUAGGUCCAAGAUCAAGUCAGAGUGAGGAAUGGCAUUGCAAAUUCUUGAGGUGUUUGGGACCAAAUUCACAAGGAGAUUGCAAUGCAUAAUAAGUGGGAUCAAGGAGGGUUCUUUUUUUUUUUUUAGUUCAUCCAUACAAUCAUUUUUCUUUUCUUGGUUGAUAGCAGCAUUGGAUAAUGAGUUCAAAAGUUCUGGGAUUUUGUUAUUAUUCAUAUUUGUUGGAUUUUUUCUUUCUGGGUUCUUUUUAAACUUUUGUGGUUGGAUUGUUCUAAAUAUCUUGUGAGACAAUUGGGGGAGAGGCGUUAGAGAGAUACAUACUGAAAGGGGAUUGAAAGUGUGCAAUGCGGACAGCUGUUAUUUAUGAAUAUUUUUGUCAAUACUUUCUUCCUGUAAACCACAAUGUGUACAUUUUGCUUCGUCUCUGGCUUUUUCUUCCUAUGGAUGUUAAAUGCUACUUGCCAA